UGUUGUUGUUGUUAUUUUAUUUCAAUUUUAUUUUAGGUUAAUUAUGUUAUAGUUUAGACAAAAAGUGGUUUUCUUUCACAAUCUUCAGAUGUUUAAAAAGUUUAAUCGAAUCUAAGCUCGUAUAUGUUGCGGUUGAGAUUGAGAAUGAACUUGACCAUAAAUGUUUUCAUUCUUCCAGGGAGUUUAGUCUAUUUACAAAAGUCCUAAUAAAUCCUCUCUAAUUUAAGUAAUUCCAUUCACUUAGGUUUAGAUGCUUUCUUUCAAACUUAAAGUUGAGUUAAGCCUAAGCCCAGUGAGAUGUAUUUAUAACAAUUGGGUUUCUUUAUUUUUUUUGGGAAAUGUGCAGUUUUCCAGUAGUGUUAUAAGAAGUCAUAGGCCUAAUCUUGAAACCACUUCUGAUGAUAAAAUGAGUGUUUUGAAUGUAGCUGAGAAAAAUGAUGUUGCCAAACACCUCGCUGGUUACCUAUCCAAUGGUAAUUCCCAAAGGAGAGAAGGCUUCUCCAAAUUCAACAAGAUCUACGAGUUUUCUUAUUCCUUGAGAGGACAGACACGCAAAAUGGUGAUGACUUCUGUGUCCGGUCAUCUCUUGAACUACGAGUUUGUUGGUAACUACAAGAAGUGGAAUACAUGCCAGCCAUCUGAGCUGUUUGAUGCACCUGUGAGCAAAUAUUGCCCUCCAGACUAUGAGCCUAUAAAGAGGACGUUGGAGCGUGAAGUGAGGUCUUGCAAUACUUUGAUCAUCUGGACAGAUUGUGACAGAGAAGGAGAGAAUAUUGGGUUUGAGAUUAUCUCUGUCUGCCGAGCCAUUAAACCCAACAUCCAAGUGUUCAGAGCCAAGUUUUCCGAGAUCACAGCAGUGUCGGCGAGACGAGCACUCGACAACCUUGUGCAACCCAACGAUCUGAUCAACCAGGCUGUCAACGUGCGACAAGAGUUGGAUCUCAGGAUAGGGGCUGCGUUCACUCGCUUCCAGACUUUGAGGCUACAGAGGGUGUUCCCAGAUAUGCUGGCCAACAACGUAAUCAGCUAUGGAAGCUGUCAGUUCCCAACCCUGGGGUUUGUUGUGGAGAGAUACAAGGCAAUAGAACGCUUCAUACCAGAACAGUUUUGGAAAAUUAAAGUGAGUCAUGAUGUUGAUGAUGUCAAGGUAGACUUUACAUGGAGCCGAGUCCGACUGUUUGAUGAAGAAGUUGUUCGAGGUAUAUAUGAAAAGUGUUUAGAGAAGCCCCUAGCCCUGGUGGAAUCCGUUGUUUCCAAACCAAAGAGUAAAUGGAGGCCACUACCUCUAGACACAGUGGAGUUUGAGAAGUUGGCAUCGCGCAAGCUGCGGAUCAAUGUUAAAGACGCGAUGGCAGUUGCAGAGAAGCUCUACACCAAGGGGUUUAUCAGUUACCCUCGUACGGAGACCAACAUCUUUCCCAAAGAACUCAACCUGCGCAACCUAGUGCAACUACAGGCAGAGGACAGACGAUGGGGAGAAUUUGCUCAGAGAGUGUUGACUGAUGGGCCGAACCCCAGACAGGGACGCAAGACUGACCAAGCCCAUCCUCCCAUACAUCCGACAAAAGCGGCCCACGACCUUCAAGGUACAGAGGCCAAAGUGUAUGAGUUUGUUGUUAGACAUUUUCUGGCAUGUGUUUCAAAGGAUGCCCAAGGACAUGAAACUAUUGUCAACAUUGAUGUUAAUGGUGAAAAGUUUGUAGGCUGUGGUCUCAUGAUAGUUGCCCGUAACUACCUGGACGUGUAUCCAUAUGAGUCGUGGAGUGACCGCGCCAUGCAUCACUACACACAGGGACAGACGUUCCAGCCCACAUCACUGGACAUGAUUGACGGAGAGACCAGUCCGCCCAAACUGCUGACUGAAGCAGACCUCAUUGCACUCAUGGAUAAACACGGAAUUGGAACGGAUGCAACACACGCAGAACACAUAGACAAGAUUAAAUCUCGUGCAUAUGUCGGCUUGGAAAACAACAUUUACUUUGUACCUGGACAUCUGGGUAUAGGUCUGGUUGACGGGUAUGAUGACAUGGGCUUCAACAUGAGCAAGCCCUACCUACGAGCAGAGCUGGAGGCAGACUUGGUCAGAAUUAGUAAUGGUGAAAAGGACGCACAGACCGUUCUGUCAGAACAGAUAGAAAAAUACAGAGAGGUGUUCCGAUUGGCCACAGAACAGGCAGAGAAGAUUGACACAGCUCUAGCACAAUACUUCAACACUCGUCCACAAGCUGUUCCAGUCAAUGAACAAACUCCCUCCAUUGCAUCAGCUGUUACCAAGUGUCGCAGGUGUCAGUGUAAUGUCAUUGUCAGGCAGCGCCCCAACAACGCUGGAUGGUACCUCGGUUGUCUAGGGUUCCCACAGUGUCGCACCUCUCUGUGGUUCCCUGCUACAGUCACCAGCGUAGAGUUGGCUGAUAACACCUGUCCCACAUGUGGUCCAGAGGUUCAUCAGUUGAAGAUUUCCUACCAGCCAGGCACACUCCCCCCCUUCUACACCAACCCGACCGUGGCGUGUGUCAAUGGAUGUGAUCAAGACAUUCUAAACGCAUUGCAUAUGAAGUCACUGGCGUCUGUCUAUCGCGAUUCUUCAAAUCAAGGCAAUCAAGAUGAUUCAAGAAUUUCAAGUGGUUACUCCUCCGCAACAUAUUCCACAUCUAACCCCAGUGCUCAAACUGUAGGCAGACAGACUAAUUCCUUCAAUACAAAUUCAGACAGAGAGAAUGACCCAGGACCAGGUAACCACUGGAACAACCCAGGAAACAACCGUUCGUCCUUCGGAACAAACAACUCGUCUGGCUGGAACAACCAAGGAACAUCUGGCAGACAGUCCUGGGGAGCCAACUUCAGCAAUAGCUUCAAUGCUGGCCCUACAGAUGACAUUUGUUGCACAUGCGGUCUACCAGCAAGAAAGUUGAAAGUAUUGAAAGAGUCAGUCAAUAAAGGAAGAUUCUUCUAUGCUUGUUCAAAGCCAAUGGAUGAGAAGUGCGGCUUCUUCCAGUGGGCAGACGACGGACAAACAGAAGGAGGUGGAGGAGAUGGAGGGGAUGGAGGAGGGGGUGGUGGUGGAGGAGGAGGUGGUUGGGGAGGGGGAGACAGGUGGACUGGGAGAGGAGGUGGAAGUGGAAGCAGGGGUAAAAGAGGAGGUGGGGGCUCAGGAAAGGGUAGACCAAAAGGAAAAACCAACAGCGAGUUCAGAGCAAAACCCUAUGGAUCAAGUCAGGGGACCAGCCGAGGAACGAAGAAAGGAGGUGCAAGAUUGUGCAGCAUGUGCAAGGAACCAGGUCACAUUAGGCCGAAUUGUCCUCUUUUGAGAUAGCAUAUGAUCUCAAAAAACUAAAUUCAAAGAGCUACAAGACUGUUGAAAGAAUCAAAGGCAAUUUGUGGCGAUACAGAGAGCCUUUCAGAAAAUAUCAGACCAACGUAGGGAUUAUUUCCGAGUCAGGGGACAGCCCUCGCAUCAAACAUGUUGUACUCAAUCAAACUUAUUAAGUUAUUAUAAUUUAUAUUGUUAACAUAUUUAAUAUUAUUAAAAUAUACAAUACCAGUUUUCACUGUAUGUUUUUAUCAUA